CGGCGUAGGGCUCCUUGUUUUAAGGCCACACUUUCAUUUAGAUCCUGUCCCCUCAUUCCAACACCAGCGACCAUGGUAUUCUUCGCAGCGGCACCGGCACCCGAGCUGCCCACGAAGGAUAUCUUGUCAUGGAUAUUUGACGCUCCAGAUUAUGAUGUGAACAAGCCGAUCUUACUUGACGCAUCCCGGCCUCAGCGCUCCAUCUCACACCUGCAAGCCCGCACGACCAUACGCCAAUUGAUAGCCGGCCUUCGCAACAUGGGUGUACGGCAGGGUGACUGUGUCAUCGUCCACUCCUUCAACGACAUCUACUAUCCGCUCCUGUUUCUCGCCAUCGUCGGCUCGGGCGCAAUCUUCGCAGGUACCAACCCGGGAUACACCCCUCUCGAACUCCGACACCACGUCAAAAUCACUCAGGCCAAAUUCCUCAUCUGCGAGCCCGAGCUCCUCGCAUCCUUGCUGCAAGCCGCGAAGGACACCGGUAUCUCCAAGUCGCACAUCCGCAUCUUCAACACUCAACCUACCCAGACCUGUCCGGAUGACAUCGCCAGCUGGACCGAGCUGAUGCAGCACGGGGAACAAGAUUGGGUGCGCUUCGACGACCUAGACACCUGCACCAAUGCGACCGCGGCACGUUUCACCAGCUCCGGCACGACGGGCCUGCCCAAAGCUACAGUGACGACGCACCGAAACCUGAUCGCUCAGCACGAAUUGGUCUAUGGCAUUGCCAGCCCAAAACGCCCGUACGAAAUUGUCCAUCUGUUCGCGGCGCCAUUCUUCCACGUCGCGGUUGCUCCGAGGGUGCACACCACGUCGCUCAAGAACGGCGAGACUUCGUACAUCAUGCGGCGCUUCGAGCUGGAGCCGUUUCUCGCCAAUAUUGAGCGUUACAAGGUCACCGAACUGUACAUUGUCUCCGCCAUGGCUGUGGCUAUCUGCAUGUCACCGCUGAUCAAGAAGUACUCGUUACUGUCCGUUAGGCAAGCGCUUGCCGGGGCCGCCCCGCUGAGCAAGGAGACUCAAGCAGGGAUUCGGAAGUACAUGAGACACGACGCGCCGUUCACACAGGUGAUGGGCAUGACAGAGUCCACGUGCAUACUUACCUGGUUCGACUACCCCGAGGACGACGUGACAGGGUCAGUUGGCCGGGUCCGGCCAGGCAUUGACGCGAAACUGGUCGACGACGAAGGCAAGGACAUCUCCGGGUACGACGUCGCGGGGGAGUUGUGCAUCAAAGGUCCGACGGUGAUCCGCGAGUACUUCAACAACCCGGCGGCCAACAAGGAGAGCUUCGACGACGAGGGCUUCUUCCAUACAGGCGACGUCAUGUACUGCGACGGACGCACCCGGUUGUGGUAUAUAGUCGACCGGAAAAAGGAGAUGAUCAAAGUUCGUGGGUUCCAGGUGGCGCCGCCCGAAAUCGAGGGCGUCCUGCUAACACAUCCUGAUAUCGUGGAUGUGGCCGUCAUUGGUGUGCCGGCUGUCAGCGAGAUCGACGGCGAAGUGCCCCUUGCUUAUGUCGUGCGUAGACCGGGAGUGAGUGACGCGGAUCUGACGGAUCGAGAUGUUGUAGAGUACGCAGGCACCGCGCUGGCCAAGUAUAAGCGCCUCGAGGGUGGAGUGCGGUUUGUGGAUGUCAUACCCAAAAACGCCUCGGGGAAGAUACUGAAAAGGAUCCUUAGGGAGGAAGCUAAGAAAGAGAAGGUGAGGACAGGAGUAGGCGCUAAGUUAUAGAUUGGUUUACAUCGGUGAUGAUGGCGGGGACGAGGAUUUUCCUCGCUUUUUGCAUCGUCCUCGACGCCUUUGUAGAUCUCGG